CAGCCUCUCUGUCCCAAUAGGACUAGUUCCCACUCAGCCUCUCUGUCCCAAUAGGACCAGUCACAAACUGCAGAAACACCUCACUGAAGCUUUACGCACGAACGCACCAAUCUCAGAGCGCCUCUUCCAUUCCAACACAGCUCGCCUUGGAUAAUUCAUUUAAGCAAAAACCAUGGCAGUCUUGAUAAGAAAUGAAGUUUUUUCCUGUUUUGUUUUCUACGGAGUGCUUCUGGUGAUGAAGAUGUACGUUAUAGCGAUAGUAACGGGACAAGUGAGGCUGCGCAAAAAGGCUUUUGCCAACCCCGAGGACGCGCUGAGACACGGAGGUUUACAGUAUCACAGAGAGGACCCAUAUGUGGAAAGAUGCCGGAGAGCUCACAUUAAUGACAUGGAGAACAUCCUCCCCUUCCUCUUCCUGGGUGCUAUCUACUCCAUGACUGGACCUUCCGUGGCUGCGGCCCGCAUUCACUUCAUGGUGUUCUUCAUGGCUCGUAUGCUGCACACCAUCGCCUACCUGUUCGCCCUACAAGCGCCAACCCGCUCUCUGGCCUACAUCGUUGGACAGAUACCUUGUGUCUCUAUGGCUCUGCAGAUCCUAAUGGCAGUGGCAGCGUAUGCCUAAAUACCCCGAAAACAGAGACUGAACUAGAGGUGCUGCUCUGGCCGCAAAGAUCGGUUACAAUCUUUUAUAGAUAAAGCAUGAGGAGGAUACCGGAGAGGCCUCCUGUGAGGGAGAACAUAAAAGACAAGAAUGUCAGUGAAGGUGCAAUAUGAGGUGUGUGAUUACACCACAGAUGGGUUUUGUGAGAUUUUAUCAGUAUUUUAUUCUUAUUUUAUUUACAAUGUUGAAAUGUGAGAAUGCCUUAAAAGUUGUUUGAAGUUGACAUCCUGUACUGUACUAUUUAAAAUGAACAUGAAGGUUGUUGCCCGCUUUUGUGUUUUUAACCAGGUUCUGUUGAAAUGAACUGAUGGAAAAUAACUGACGAACAGCAAAUAGACAUUUAGUUCAAGCCACUUUGGAUUAUUUCCAGCUCUGCACUGUACGUUCAUCCCUGCCCCCCCCCCUUUUGUGUUCACACAAAACACAGACCACCAUUCAUAUGGUGUUGUAUCCUCCAUGGCUUCUUCUGUUUCUCGUUUGGAUAUUCCAUCUGUUGUAAUAACUUUUAUUUGCGUGCUGUGUUUCGCAAAAGCGUAACGGACCCCGACAUGACUGAUAAUACCACAAUAAUCACUCAAUUUAAGGAAGAAGAAACAAAUGCUCACUUCCUUUUAGCCUGGGAAUAAAUAUCGCAACAACCUGCAGAGAACAAAAAUGGUGAAAGAAUUUGUAUCUGUGAAAAUGUACUUCAAGACUUUUUAAAGUAUUGUGAUAAUAAUUUAUUAUUCAAUUUAAUGUAUACAGAGUGGUUUUUGAACCCUA